AUGAAGCUAGAAGACCUGUUUAUUAGACUGAGAAAUGACCCGUCUGCGAUGCCUGAGAUAGAAAGAGAGAUCCAGAGGUGUGUCGACUCACCAGAUCUUGUCCCUGUCAAGGAGCUGAUGAACUCAACAAUUCCAGAGGUCAAGUUCUAUGCCUUGAAGAUUGUUGAACAUAGAGUCCGAAACAAGAAGAUGGCCGGUGUUGUCCCUGCGGAGGAGAUUGAGCUUAUGGGAGGAAUGGUGCAGAUGAUUGAGGCGGACAAGGCUGCACAGGUGUUUGCCCUUCUUGGGAUUUACGAGUGGCCCUCCAGCUUUCCCCAGUUUUUCUCGAUCAUCAUAGACCUCCUGUCACACAAGAAAAGAAUGGGAUACAAAGUCCUGGAGAACUUUCUCUAUCUGUGCAAUUACAGCCAGGAAAUCAAUGAGGAAAGGAAGGACGAGCUGAAGAGAGGAUGCGCUGUCAUGUCACACGCAUACAUGCCCCUGCUUGAUGACUCGAUGGCCGAGUAUGUCAUCCCGAUACUCACGGAGUCGCUUAAGAUGAUGCCUCGGACGUUUGAUUGCAGCAUAGUUCUAAGGAGAGGGGCCGAGUUUCCCGACAAGACCAUCGAGUUCCUAAGUGAUGGAAUGGAGAUGCUAAGGAUAGAGGAUGUCAUUGACCUCGCAUCCAAGAUGGACAUUUCAUACGGGAUGAUCAUGUGCUUUAAUGGCUUGAAGAAUAAGGCACCCCGGGUUCGGAACCUCAAGAAGAUGUAUGAGUAUGUCUUUAAGGGUCUAAGGAAGGACUUGAUCACAUUUUCUGCAUCCAUCGAAUUCUGGACAAAGCUCUUUGGGCACGAUGGGUCGGAGGAAAUAGUUGGAGAGGUACUAACAGAGGUUGUUUCGAUCUACCUCAGCAUUGAUGAGAGACAGGGGACGGAGAUAGAAGGAGAGGUGUUUGGGCUGUUCAAUGCCAUCUGCAGAAACUAUCCAAGCUCUGUUAUCGGGUUCCUGAGUGUCAACGGAGAUUGCAUAGGACGGAAGCUAGCUCUUCACUUUCUAAAGAAGCUCUUCGGGACCUCUUCUCCAUCAAAUGUUCCUAGUGGCUUUGCGUUUAAGGACCCCAUUCUGCGCUGCUCACUGUCUGUUUACAAGAAGGAUAUUUCUGCCAUAGACUAUAUCCAGUACUUCGACCUCAGCGAAAAGGAGGCCUGCAGGCUGGUUAUCAGGAUUCUGGAGCUGUUUCCGCUGACGGAUCUUCAGCUUGAGCACAUAUUAGGGAGGUGCAACGCUCCGGACAAGACCUACACAAACGAGGUUAUUGUCGAGUGUCUUACAAGGCUUGGACGUGAGGAACAGUUCACGGGGAGAUGGACACACGACGAGCUCAUGAGAUUCUUCUUCUACAUGAAGAAGUGCCCUGAGAAGUUCCGCCACCUUUCAAACUCCUACUAUAGAGUCUUUUUAGAAAAGGCUCCUUUUGACAGAUGCUUUGCUAUUCUCAGGAUGCUGGGGAAUGUCCCCGAAGAGAUACUUCGAAAGAUAUAUUCGGACCUAGAUACUUAUACAUUCAUAGAUGUUUCGUGCUUCAACAGGGAUCUCCUGGGAUAUUUGGAAAGCCCGGGGCCAUUCAUUCAGAAGGAGGUUAGCAGACUUGUGAACGAGUGGAGUAUUUCCGAGGACCCUGCAGACCUUAUUGUGUGUGUGAAGUCUCUGGUGCAUGUAAUAGGCCAUACAUCCAGUGUCUCAAAAGAUCACAGGUUCUGCCCAUACAUCAACGAGCUGGUUGAAGUCCUUCAAAUAGAUGACCAGACAGUUGUGAAGAAGGUGUCGGAGACAUUCAAUGCCCACAGUGGGCCAUUUGAUACACGCAGAGCUGUCUAUCUAUUUAUAGUAUCAUACAACUCAGGAGCUCUUGAAAAUGCACAUCCGUCGAUUGUGUCGUCUCUUACUGUAUGCAUAAAACAGGAGGAUGGAGCAAGGGCCUUCAGCGAUGUCUUGGGAAUAGACCAAUCAACAUGCAUAAACCUGAGAGAAGAUGUGCUGAAGUCCCAAUCAAGAAAGGCUCAGAGCCUCGUCAGGGUCUUUUUACAGAACUACAAAGGAAAGCCGCUUAACUCCCUCUACGCAAACGACUUUAAAGUUAAAGGACAGAACUUUCUUGAGAAGAUCCCAAAGAAAGAUGUUGAGCUUGAAAUCGAAAGAUCCUUUUUCGAGGACGGGGUGCAAUAA